AUGUCGAGUUUGUAUGUUUGUCUGUGCCUCUGCGGCAUUUACGGCGCGUCCGCAACCCACGCAUCAGAAAAUGGUUUCUAUUACACAAAGCAAAUGUCCAUAUACCGCAGGUACACAGAGGAGGAAUGCCGAGUCUGCUUCAAACAUGACUGCAUACCUUUGGAAACACCUAAAUGUCAGUUCUACAUGGCUGGGUCAACCUUACUUAACUUACCCGAGGAAGAAGAUAAAUCUCCCCCCAACAACCUAUUGCUCAGUAAAGUCGACGCCAUGAUGUAUAACAUUAUAGAAAAAAAUGAAGAUUAUCAAAAUAUGGAUUGCAUACCUAUGAUAUCAACUUACACUGACUGCAAUAAAGAAAACCUGUGUACGGGCUGCGUCACAUGCACCUGUGUGGAGGGAAGAUGGGUGUGUGGCACAGAAGAAUGUAGAGAAGAGACGCUCUUCAGUAACAAGAAGAUCACUGUGGCUAUAGCUAGCUUGAAGUCUGAAAUCUCAACAAACGAACAAUCUAGAACUAAGCGGUCCGCUGCGGAUGUCACGGGAAAUAAUGUCGAAACCAGGGUGACAUUUGAAGAGCUGUCACAAUGGCUGAACGACACGAGAAUACACGAUGAAGCUGAAGAGAUGGACUAUUUGGCUUUUGAUGAAGUUUUGAGUAAUAUAGCUUUAGAUAAUAACAAUAUUAGUAGAAAAAAACCAAUACCAGAAACAGUUGAAAGCGGUUAUGUGAGUUUCGUAGAUAUCGUGUCAACAGGGAACAAUACAGAUGAACACACAAAUAUGUACAAUGAAAACGGAGAGUUAUAUGCGAGAUAUUCUGAUGACAAAGAUUCCUUUAAGGUUGAUCUUCUAAAAGGAAUAAAGGAUAAAUUACAAGAAGAGCUUGAUAAAAAUUAUACAGGAAUCGGAACAGAAUCAAAUAAUUUCUUUGAAUCUAAUAACUACUUAGACGAAGUUAACUCUCUGAGUAUUGUAAAAAGAGAUGUUUCAAAGGUGAACGAAUCGAAAAUUGAUAAUAUUGCAGACAAAAACAAACAGACCAUACAAGAUUUUAAAAACAAUGUUCUUUACCCAAUGAUAAGUAUUGUGAACGAUAAAGAAAAUGAACUAAAACAAUUGUUAGCCGUAAAAACUAGCCUCAUAGAACUUAUAAAAGGCAUGGACAGUAAUUUCAGCUUGGACCAAAUGGUCAAUAAUACAGAGAACAAUAAAACACUGUUUUCAAUUUACAAGCUAGAAAUUGUCCCUGAAACUCGAAUUGCUGAAGACAACCUUGACACGAGAAGAUCCGGGUCGCAUAACAUUGCAGAAGCGUUUGUUAAGAAACUACAACGAGAUGUUUUUGAAAUUAUCAAAGAUUUGAAAGCCUUGAAAAGAUCUUUAAGAGGUAACAGACUUCCUAGAGACCUGAUAUUACUACUACAUGGUAUGAAUAAUUAUUUAAACAGUCAAACAAAAUUGUAUAUAGAAAAAAAAUCACACUUUAAUAAUAUAAGACGCACAUGGACUGAUGAUAAUAGUGUAAAGCUUAAAGGUAUGAUACUAGAAAUAUUAGAACUAUGUGAUAAAGAAAUGACCGACCAUGAUUCUUUAAGCCAACUUUCUCAUACAACUAAACGUGUUCUUCAAAGAGUUAUUAAUCAAAAUCAAAUUUACGAUUUUGCGUCAAUAGGUGUUAAAUUAAGUGAUCCCACAUUUACUCUUUCCGAAGAAUUAAAAGGUAUUUCCAAUAAAUGGCCUGAAUUAACAGAUAUUCUAUUAAAUAGUUCUUCUCCAGAUAAGCUCUACAAUUUAAAACUGCUACACCUUAUGCUGACAGUAGAUUUAAAUAAAAUAGCUAACAUUCUUAAAUUAUUAAACUUUGCUGAAAACAGACGUGCGUAUUUGGACACAGCUUUGAGUGACCAGGAAAUAACUAGAAUACAGAAUAUUUUCAAUGAUUUAAAUGAAAAAUUUAAAAAAAACUUUCAAAGGGAACUCGCGAAAAAGUUAGAAAAAGAUAUAGAACCAACAACAAAGAGGAGAUCGUUUUUAAAACAAAUCAAAAGACUGUUCAGAAAUUCACGAAAAGAUAUAAAAAGUAUGCUUCACGAGAAAGUGUCUAAAUCAGAAAUUGUGAGAGAAUUGGCUAAGAGCAAGUUGAAUGAAUUAGCGAAACAGAAAAUGACACAAUACGAAGAUACGUUGAAAAAAUGGCAGAACAAAUUAAAUGUGAGAAUAAGAAGGUCUGCUUACGAUUUCAGGAAACAAAAGAAUCGAAUUAAUAACAUCCUGCCUUCAUAUUUAAGAGGAAAAGUAAAUCCUGCUAUUGAUGAGUCGAAAAAGAAAAAUGCGAAGAAUAGGAAGGGAAAAUUAAAGUAA